AUGCUUCUAACUCCUAGUACUGAAGAUGACAACACAUGGAAUAUGUAUAACGUUACGAAUAAUAAGUUUUUAGAGUCAAAACUUGUGGUGCCAUAUGAUAAACGAUUUUGUGCCUCCUCAAAGGGUUGGGUGGUUACUGUGAAUAAGGAUUGGACUGUAACACUCUACAAACCUUGUUCUAUGGUUCAAUAUGGGAAUAAUAAUGCAAACACAUGUGUUAUUCAACUUCCACCAUUAUUUCCUAUGGAGUAUGAAGAAGGUGUUGAACCAUAUGAUCUUGAAAAUGAUGUUCGAGAUGACUACGAUGUAUAUAUUGAUCCUGAAAAUGUCUACCACUUCCACAUUUACAAGGCACUAAUUACGCAUGAUCCGCUAGCAAAUCCAGAUGAAUGCAUCGUUGUAGUAAUAUUUAGUGACAUAAACGAGUUGGCUUUCAUUAGACUUUCACAUGAUGAUGGCGUCCCCCAAACUUGGAUAAAAAUAGAGCCAAAUUUCUUUUCAGAAGAUAUUUUGCUUUAUAAUGAUUUAUUUUAUGCAGUAACCGGAGAUGGUGACUUAAGAUCUUUCGAUCUUAGAGGCUCUUGCGUCAACUCAACAGUAAAGAAACUUGCUCGUGAGAUUCCAUGGAUGUUUCAAUCUGGUAAGAGAUAUUUGGUGGAAUCAUAUGGACAUAUCAUAAUGGUUGAAAGGUUUAUUGAAUUCGAGGAUGUCAAGAUUAAAGGUCGAACAACAUUAUCGUUUAGAGUUUGGAGGUAUUGUUUUGACUCUGACGAUUGGAUUCAGAUUAAAAAUCUUGGUCAAAUGUCCUUGUUUGUUGGUGAUAACUCCUCAUUAUCGAUUUUGGCUUCUAGUUUUAUGGGGCUUCAACCAAAUUGCAUUUAUUUUACUCAUGAUGUGGAUGGAUUAUAUGGUUCAUCAAGACCUCCUAUGAUUUCAGAUUUAGGCCUAUACAAUCUUGAAAAUGAAGAGUUUAAAUUACAUUUUACUAUUGAUUCAGAUAAACUCAAAAAAAUGAAUUAUCGACCGCCUAUUGGCUUAUUCACAUUAUCUCAGAUUUUUGGAAGAAAAACAAAGUAG